AUGGCGCGUGCGGUAGUAUAUUUUUGCACCGGCAAUCAAAAUAAAUUAAGAGAAGUACAACAAAUGAUGAUUGAUGUUCCUGUUGAAUUUAGAGCUCUUGAUGUUGACUUGCCAGAGCUUCAAGGAGAAACGGCAGAAAUAUCGCGAGCUAAAUGCCAGGCAGCAAUUGACCAACACCGCAGCAGCAGCAGCAGCAGCAGCAGCAGCAGCAACGGCAGCAGCAACAGCAGCAGCAGCAAUCUACCAGAGUUUGUAUUCACAGAGGAUACUGCCCUUUGCUUCAAUGCCCUCGGAGGACUGCCAGGCCCUUAUGUGAUAAGACAGCUUAUGCUCUUACGAGUGUUUGUAUUGCUGAUGCAAAGGGAGAGAUGCAUCUAUUUGAAGGACGAUGUGACGGAUUGUGUAUUUGAAGAAAAAACAACAAAGAAAACUUUUGGGGAAAUGACGGCAGAAGAGAAGGCGAGGGUUUCUCAUAGAGGGAAAGCAAUGAAACAACUUAAGGAGUUCUUAUUAAAAGUCACCGCUUAA